UGAUGUGUAUAGACGUCAUAAUUCUGCGGCAGUGUGUGCUGGGAUUCGGUUGAGAGGUUUGUGGAAUUUAACCCAUCAUCCGUAUUUAAGGCUUUUAAAUCGAUUCAAAGCGGUUUCCCCCCAAAAGAGUAUCGCAAAUUAAGUUCAUUAUUCUCAUCAUCCUAAGCAUGGCGAGUGUGACAACAUGUAGAAGAACCUUUAGCUGGAACAACUGAGAUCUGUGUGACAUAAUAUUACAAACAUGGAGUUUAUUAAAGAAGAGAAUGAAGAAAUGGGAAUUCCAGAUCCAUGCAGAGUGAAAGAUGAAGAUACUGAGGAGAAAAUAGACCUGAUGCUGCAGAAACAGGAAAGGCAAGAACCGAAUGAAGUGGAGGAGAAACAUCAUGAUUUCACCAGUGGAGAAAAAUCCGUUAGUUGCAGCACAGAGAACGAAACGAAUUCCUCAGUAAAAAUAAUUCAGAAAACAAGCUCUAAAAGUUCUUUCACUUGCCAUGAAUGUGGAAAGAGUUUCUCACGUGAAAGACACUUUCGUAGCCACAUGAGAAUUCAUACUAGCGAGAUCCCAUUUACCUGCCAACAGUGCGGAAAAUGUUUCUUAAAGGAAGGAGACCUGCUUAUCCACACCAGAACUCACACUGGAGAGCGGCCUUUCAUUUGUCCUCAGUGUGGGAAGUCUUUCUCACACAGAGGAAAUCUGAAGUGUCACAUAAGGGUUCACACUGGAGAGAUGCCUUACAAGUGUCCUCGGUGUGGAAAGAGUUUCGCUCAACAAAGACAGCUGAAAAGUCAUUUGCAACUUUAUUGUGGAGACGUACUGCAGUGUUCGGAGUGUGGCAAGAGGUUUGCAGACAAGAUCAACUUCUUCAACCAUCUGCGCAUUCACCCUGGAGAAAGGCUGUUUAACUGCAAUUACUGCAGUAAAAAGUUUCUUUUUCAGUGUCACUUAGAGAUGCACAUGAAAAGCCACACUGACGAGAGAACUUAUUUGUGUUCUUUGUGCGGAGAGGGUUUUAAAUGCCUUGAUAAUUUGAAAUCACACCAGAAAAUGCAUGCUGGCGUGAAUGCUUGUGUCAGAGCGAGCCACUUGAAACAGAAGCAACAAAUCCAUUCUGGAGAAAAAACAGACACGGAUUCCAAUAGCGCAGAGACUUUGACUUCUUCAGAAACUUCAAAAACACAAGAAUGCGCCCCGCAUGCUGGAGAGGAGCUGUACAGCUGCUCUUUGUGUGGGAUGAAUUUCAAUACAGCAAUUUUUCUAUUGGCUCAUAAAAAAAGGCACUCUCAGAAAUAGCCAUAAAGAGCAAAGCUCUUAUUCAGGUGAACGGAGUACAAAUAAAAUUUCUCCCCAAAAACAGUCAUUUGAUGCAAAUUCUGCAUAGAAUUUGACGUCUUAAAAGAGAUCAAGAUAUUAGUUCAAUAAACUUGUAUGACUUUGCAAUACUGCAAUGUUUGAAGGGAUGUACAGGGAUUAAAGUUCUCCGUCGCUACGACGGAUUUCCGUUAAUUGCAGGGUUCCCGCCUGUCCUUAAUGUCUUAAAUUCACUUUUCGUAAUUUUAAGGCCGUAAAUAGGCUUACAUUUCUCAAAUAGUGUAAUAAAUGUCUUAAUUUUAGAUGAAUAGGCCUUAAUUAAGGAAAGAGGAGGUGUAUUCAGCCUGCUGAGGGGAUGUGAUCAAAGCCUGGAGUGGAGCAGAAGCAUGUUCCUCUCUCCGCUCUGAAGGUCAUUGCACAUUGAAGGUCAGUGCACACUGAGUACGAAAUUUUCGUCCGAAUUUUCCGCACGUUAAAAAAUAAAUACGACCUCACGUUGUGUCAAUCACGUUUACACACUGCCUCCGAAACUUUCGUCCGUCAUAAAAAAAUUCGGAUCAGGUUCAAUAUUCCGCGUUUUCGCAUCUGUAGCAUGCAUUUUGAUAGGAAAGGAUGAGGAAUACGAAAAAACGCAUGCGAAAAUUUCGGACUCAGUGAGCAAUGACCUUAAGUGCUCAGGAUCCACUCCGGAUUUUCUAUUCCCGCUCACUGAAAAACUGCUCCGUGUUCACUCCAUUUUAAAAGUUAUCAGGGAUUAAAGACGGAUUUCUGUAAAUUGGAAAAAAUAAGGGGAAUAGAAGCAUGUAGCGUGUUGUUGUUGUUCUGCCGGCACACCAAACAUCAUCCCCCGUGGCUGCAGCUUCUCACUGACAACAUAGUAACGCCGCUCGCAUCAUUCGCAGUCAGGUAAUUAGCAGAGAACACAGAGCAGAACUUGAAUCUCGGCGCGGGAUUGCGGCUAUUAAUGAUAAUUCUACUCAUUCCCGCAGGUUCCGACGGAAUGCAUCACAUCUGCACCUGCUUUUGAGUCUCGAGAACUCACUCGCGCGCUCUCAUUUUCUGUGCGCCCACAGAUCGCGAUAAGAGAGUGACAGCUUUUAAUUAUUAUUAAGGGAGUUUGCAAAUGUGAUAUUGAUUUAAUACAAGUACUGCAUGAUUUUGCUCUAUAUCAUGCACGAAAACAGUUCCAAAUAAAGUAACAGCUGAGCCGCUGCGCAUCUCUACAAGCAAACACAGCGGUGUUUCAUUCAUGAAUGAAAGUGCGUUUUUGAACGAAUCUAGCGAGUCAGUGAUUCAUGAUUACACAUUCAUAAAGACAGUCACUUGCUUCAUCCCUGAAUGAAUCAGCCGUUCGAACGAAUCAAUUGAAUGAAUGAUUCAGUGAUAAAAUCAGUGACUUGCCGCCACCUGCUGGCGGUUUCAGUUGAGGGGCUACUGUGUAAUUUCAGUUAUUUAAAUCAUUUAAUAUUUCUGUGUUCAAAAUGUUAUAUUUAAAACAUUAAUCUCCACAUGAAUAUAUGAAUUUAAUUGCACUCAUGACACCUCUGAGCCUCAUUAAACGUCUGAAAAUGUACAAACCACUUUUGUGUUCUUCUGUGUCACCUCUGUAGUACAAAUUAAUUGUUUAUUAAUACUAAUUUCGUAUGAUUGGUAACUUAUUUGUCUUAUUCUACUUCUUAUUAUAUUGUUUUAAACAGACAUUUUAAAAAGCUUAUAAACAUACAUUUUUGAAUUUGACAUGGAUGAAAAUUAUGCCAUUGCAAAGGUGAAAAGAAAAUACCCCUUUAAGGCACUUUAAGGAGUCAAAUGUCACCUUGUAUUAGGAAGGCUAAUUUUUGAUCAGAAUUUUUGAUUAUUGAUCAGAAGGUGCUCCUAAAUCUUUGAAAUUAGGAGGACAAGAACUCCUAAAAAGAAAAGUAAGCAUAGAGCCAUGUGUAACAUAUUAGAUCUGUGCAUGCGGUCUUAAAGAGACAGCAGCCUAAAUAAACCUGCUGACUAUCUAUAAAGACUAUCCAGUGUUAUUUUACAGGUGAAUAGAUUAUAGUUAGACCUAACUGAAAAAUAUUAAGUACUGAUAAUUUAAUUUGUAUCUUUUUAUUGUUUUUGUUUGUACUAUUGACUGUCAUUAAUUUAUUUGUUCUUAUUUUAUUAUUUACUAUUCAUAAAUUCUUGGGUGGGGAGGAGGCAUGGUCCAUAUAGUCCUGCCACCACAGCUUGAAUAAAUCCUAGAGGAAACACUGCAUACAUUUAAUAAAAUUAGAAAAAUGCAUUUACAAAAGGUAAAAAGAUUGUAUUAAGAAGGCAAAUUUUUUAUCAGAAUUUUUUAUUAUUGAUUAGAAGGUGCUCCUAAUUUUUUUCA